AUACAUACAUAUGUAUUAUCGACUUUAUUCUUUUAAUAAAUACAAAACUUUGCGACAAAGUUGACGUUUUCUUAGUAACUUCUUUUUACCUCUCGACUUUUAUCGUCUGUUGAAAAGAAUCAAUUCCGACAAAAAUAUAUAAUAUAAUUUUUCAUCGUUAUGAAUUUAAUGAAAAUAAUUUUUUAAAAUAUAAUUUAUAAAAAUGGAAAUAUCAAGCAAUAAUGAAUUACCACCAUGCGAACAAUUUUUCAAUCCCGAAUUAUCGUUAUUUAAAUUAAUCGGCUUCGGGAUACUUGAAAGAGCGUUUAUAAAAAAUAACGAUAAAAUUUAUGUUAAAAUUUUCGAAAUAUUUUUGAUUUUAUCCGGUUUUAUGAUAAUGAUUAUUUUAGUGUUCAGUGAAUUUCGCACGCUAAAUAAAUAUUUUUUCAGUGAUUUAACAAAAACGGGUGAAGUUAUAGCAAUGAUAUUUGGCUCAACUAUAAUUUUAACAAAAUUAUUUAGAUUUUGGAUAUCUAGAACAGACUUAAUUUUAAUAUUAAAAGAAUUUGAUAAUUUGUGGGAAAUAAAUGUCAGAAAACGAUUGGAUUUGAAAGAUAAAGUUAUUAAAAUAAUUGAUGCAUCUAAACCUAUUCGUUAUUGUUAUUUUAUUGCCGGUGGAUCGCUAAUCACAAGCUACGGAGUGCGUCCUUACUUCCUAAUGUUACGUUAUUUUCUAAAACAAUCUGAAAAUAAGACAAUAGAUCUAACAGAAACGGUUUAUCCAAUUAUUUACCCGAUACCAUCAGGGACAUGGUCAGGUUGGCUCUCAUGCGUGACAUACGAACAAGGAAUAAUUUUUUUUGGUAUAAUAUAUUGGAUUGCUUGUGACACACUAUUUAUUCUACUUACUUCUCACAUUUGCAUUCACUUUAUGAUUAUAUCCAACGAUUUAAACAAGUUACACGAUAAUAACCUUAAAAACAACAACGAGAGCUUUAAAUUGAUAGGAGACCUAUCACGACGACAUCAGAAAAUGUUUGUAUUAUGUCAAAAAAUCGAAACUUUGUACAGUCCAAUCGUCUUACUAACUGUAUUAUUCAAUGGCGUCGAUUUAUGUUUUUGUAUCUUUACACUAGACAAAGAACUAUCAGAAGGACAUUGGGUGACAGUUGCAAGAAGUGUGACACAUGCAUUGACAUUAUUCAUUCAAAUUCUUAUUUACUGUGAAUUUUCUCAUGUCGCUACACAAGAAAUCAGUAGGGUAGGAGAAGCGAUUUAUAAUUCUUCAUGGAUCUAUUUUGAUAAAAAAAUCAAGAAAAUGUUAUUAACAAUAAUGAUGCGUGCUAGUAAAGAGUAUAAAUUUUCAACAUACGGUAUAUUAAUCCUCGAUCGUGAACAAUUCUCAAACAUUGUUAAAACAACGAUGAGUUAUUUUACGAUGUUAAGAAGUUUUUCAUAAUAACGGUUGCUGAUACCGAAAUAGAAAAAAAAAAGAAUUGAUAUUUUAAAUAUAUAUAAAAGUUAUUAGUUACUGAUUGUCUAUAAAAAAA